AUGGCCCAGAACAAAAUUUUAAUCUCCGCCUGCUUUUUCUUUGUUUUGAUUUUCUCCCAAGAAACUCGGUUCAUUGAGGGAAGGCGUUUGCUUGUAGGGAAGAAUAACGAAUUUCAAACGACGCUCCAAACUCAUAAUAAAAUCCAUGAUGAUCAUGACAUGACCACGAGUGACGCAAUUACUCGUGAAGCAGUAGUACUACUACUGUCUCCUCCUACAGCACUAGCUGACGAAGGUGUGACGCCUCCCCCACCGCCUCCAGCUUAUGCCAUCAAUGACUUCAGGCCAACAGCUCCAGGUCACAGCCCUGGUGCCGGGCAUUCCAUUCAUCACUAG